AUGGGUAAAAGUAAUACGAUAGUAUUAUCCAAUGAAAAGGAUAUACAAUUAAGAAUUCAACAAUUAGAAGAAAGAAAAGAGAAAAGAAAGAAUGUUAAACUUUUAUUUAGUCCAAUUAAAACAACAAAAUACUUUUUAUAUAUUUUAAAAGAUACCCUUGUCAGUGGAAUUCGAUAUUUUCAAACUAGACCAUUCUUAUUAUUCUUUAUUGCAUUAUUUGCAUCAUUAACUUUUAUUGCAGUUUAUGUACCAGGUGAACAUCAAAAGUAUAUGGGUAAAUAUUCAGAUUUAAUUUCAGAUUGUAUUUGGUGGGUUGGGUUAGGUGUAUUAUCAUCAAUUGGAUUAGGAACAGGAUUACAUACAUUUGUAUUAUAUUUAGGACCACAUAUUGCCAAGGUAACAUUGGCAGCAACCGAGUGGAAUAGCGUAAAUUUCAAUGUUUAUGGUGCCAAUAGUUUUAUUCAACCAGCAACAGCAAUGAUUGGUGGUGUUUCAUUUUGGAUGAUUUUACAAAAAGUGCAAUGGGCAGCACUAUUUUGGGGUGCAGGUACAGCCAUUGGUGAAUUACCUCCAUACUUUGUCGCUCGUACUGCAAGAUUAAAAGGUUUGAAAUUAGAACAAGAAAAGAAACUAAAAGAACAACAAGAAAAACCAAUCGAUGAAAAAGAUCAACCAAAGAAAGGUCUUUUAGAAAGAUUAUCUGAAAAAGUUCCAGCUUUAAUUGGUAAUCUUGGUUUCUUUGGUAUUUUAGCUUUUGCUUCUAUACCAAAUCCAUUAUUUGAUUUAGCAGGUAUUACAUGUGGUCACUUUUUAGUACCAUUUUGGAAAUUCUUUGGUGCAACAUUCAUUGGUAAAGCAGUUGUUAAAGCACAUAUUCAAGCAUGUUUUGUAAUUUUAGCUUUUAAUAUGGAAACACUUACAAUGGUUAUUUCUUUUAUUGAAGAUAAAAUUCCAUUCCUUAAAAAUAAAAUUCAACCAAUUUUAGAAAAAGAAAGACAAAAAUUAAAUUCAACUGUAUCAGCAAAUUCACCAAAAAGUUUAGUAGGACUUGCUUGGGAUUGUGUUUUAUUUUUAAUGAUUUCUUAUUUCUUAAUGUCAAUUGUUGACUCAAGUGUUCAAGAAUAUCUUAUCGAAAAAGAUAAUAAAAAGAUUGAAUUAUUGAAAUCAAAACUCGAAAAACAACAACCAAAAGAAACUAAAAAAACAAAAUAA